GAGCGAUGAAUUGAUAGAUGCCGUUUCCCAGGAGCAUAGAGUCAUGAUACUGGCAGGUCAUGCUGGGCUCAACAGCCCAAAUAUGUACAAAGAAGUCUCGUGUGAAGCAUGAACAAGUCGCCAAGGGGUAUCGUGCGCGCUGAACGCUCUCGUCAAAAAAAGGCCCAACACAAAUGGCAGGGAACAGAAACAGCCGAGCCUGUCGACUAGUUGGACGACAUCUCUGAGUUGUCCGAAGACACCGAACCUUCAGCGAACUUAUUCAUGACAACCUUCUCGAUGUCCUUGAGUAAACUCGUCUUCAGAUCGUUCAGUUCUUUUCUUGCAGCGGCAGCGUCUCUCUCUGCACGCUCGACCCGUACUUUCGAGAGAUGGAGGUCAAUGUCCCGACUGUGUACGAGCGCUUCUGCGAGCCUCAUCCUCUCUUUCGUAGCGGCUAGCUUCGUCUUGAUCUGUGCGCACUCCUGUUGUAAGCCGCUGUACGCAUGCUUGAGCAUGGUUUCGUCGGCAAGUACCUCGUCCGUCGGGGACAGAACGCCUUCUGACAAAUUUGACGGCUGCAAGUCGUCAACUUUGGUCAUUUCUAGGGUAGUAAAGGCAUGAAGGCUACCUUUCGAACAUGGCUAGGUCGUCGUCUCGUGGUAGGAAAGAACUCGACCGCU